GAAAAGACUGAUAGGGAGUGAAAGUGACCUCCCCACACCCUUAGACGGGAGAAAUUUUUGUCAUUCCACGUGGAGGGUUGCACUCAUACAAAAAUUUCUCCCAUUUAUAAAACUCUGUCUAAGGAGACACACAUUUAUCUACCGAAUUAUUCUGUGGUUGUGAGCGUCUUAUCAAUAGAUUGAACUCCAAGAGUAAGGGAUGUCGGGACCUCAGUGCUGUGAGAACCCACCAAAACCCAGCUCAAGCUGUGGAGCAGCAGGGCAUGUGGAAGAAAUUGGAGGCCUCAAAUCUUACGUUUCUGGCCCUUCUGAUUCCAAACUUGCUGUUAUUCUCGUGUCUGACGUUUUUGGUUAUGAACCUCCAAACUUAAGGAAGCUUGCAGACAAAGUUGCAGCUGCUGGAUUCUAUGUAGUGGUCCCUGACUUCUUCCACGGAGAUCCCUAUGCAACUGAAAUUGCCGAGAAGCCUUUGCUAGGGUGGUUAAAAAAUCAUGGACCGGAUCAAGGGUUUGAAGAUGCAAAGCCAGUCAUCAAAGCUCUGAAAAGUAAGGGAGUAACUAAGAUCGGAGCUGCAGGCUUUUGUUGGGGAGCCAAGGUGGUUGUGGAACUGGCAAAGUAUGCUUAUAUCGAUGCUGCAGUGAUGUUACAUCCUUCAUUGGUCACUUUAGAUGACAUACAUGGGGUGAAGGUUCCAAUCUCAGUACUGGGAGCUGAAAUCGACCAGACAUCUCCACCGGAGCUCUUGAAGCAGUUUGAGGUGGCCCUAAAUGCCAAGCCUGAGGUUGAUGGCUUUGUGAAGAUAUUUCCGGGGGUUGCACAUGGUUGGACUGUCAGGUACAAGGAUGGAGAUGAAGUAGCUGUUAAGUGUGCAGAGGAGGCACACUGUGACAUGUUGGAUUGGUUUUCUAAGUAUCUAAUGUAAGAACACUGUUAAACUGUAUGAUGAUAUCAUGGGCUAUACCUUGCCCACAAGUGGCUUGCAGAGAUGUGUUGGAUUUGGUUUAUGAUGUAUCUGUAAGUUAGAUGUUAUGAGAUUAUGGAACUACUAGUGUGUAAUACCCUGUUUUUACUCUAAUAAGCGGUGGGGGCAUUGUUACCCUCAUGAAGUUCUAUGAAUAAUAUGAUUGUAAUGAUUUGGACUACCAGUUUACUUUGACAUUGCUAUUGUUUACAGAUUAUAGUAGUGAA